GUCUUGUUUUCCACCAUGGAGCCCAAAUUAUACUUCCACGACCAUAUUUCCUCCCGCGAGGAUGCCAAAGAAUGCGCAUCCACCGCGUGGUGGCGGACCGUCAAAGAAGCCUCCUCCAGGCUUGGAUGAGGGCAGCUACAUCGUCUUCUCGAACGCGAAGGAUGAUGACAAGAAAAGUAAAAAGCAGGGCAACGGCACUGUAAAGCCCGCAGUCGAGGACAAGGGCAGCAAAGUAAAGGGAAAGGGAAAAGAGGCUGUAACACCCGCAGAUGAUGCGCCGAAGAAGCCUGAUGUCAAGACGCUCAUCGGAGGGGCAUCAUGGACAGGAAAACUGCCAGUGAACAUGCUGUCUGAGCAUUGCCAGAAACAGAAAUGGGGUAAACCAGAGUAUACUAUGCAAAAAACUCAAGAUGGCUUUCGAUCAACAGUCAUUAUGAAGACAGUUCAUCCAAAGACCCAGGAAGUCACUGUUCUGCCUGCCAUGGAAGUUCCUCCUGCCUAUCGUAAACUUAGCUGUCAAUCAAGCGCUGUUGAAGCGCGACAUUUUGCUGCUGCUUAUGCCUUAUUCCGAGUCGCGAACAUGAGGAAUGUACACAUGAUGAUGCCUCCUACAUAUAAAGAUCUGUGGAAGAAUGAGUUUCAAAGUAUCAAGAAGGAAGAUCAAGAGAAGGGCAAUGGCUACAUGUACGAAGCUGAUCCGUUCCUAGCCAAAUCAGAGCGAGAUGCGGCCAAAGCCGCCGCAGAGAAGAAGCGAGAGCAGAAGGCUAAGCAGCAAGCCCAGACAGAUACUGGGGUGUCUCAACCCGGUAUUGUCAGACCUGGCGGAACCAACGGUACAAAUGCUAGGAAAGAUAUCUGGUCGAAGGCACCGUCGGUAGAGAUGGGAAAGAGACUCAGGACGGAGGUUGAGAGGUUAAUUCGGAAAGACGCAGUCUGGAAUCCAAAUGGUGUGGAUAUCGAUAAAAAUACCCAGAGAAGCCUGGUUGAUGCUCUGGUUGGUCUUGGUUUUAGGCACAGCCAUGUGGAAGAGGCCGCAGAAAUAUGUAAAGACCGAGAAGAGGUCUUGGAGUGGCUACUGAUCCAUGUACCUGAAGACGACCUACCCCCAUGGUGCCUUCCUGAGAACUAUUCAGCUGGUAUCAGUCUAGCCAGUGGGAACCUGAAGCGAGAAGCAAAGCUUAAGCGCUUGGCUGCGGGAGGGUAUGCUGCAGAGCUGUGUGAAGUAGCGCUGAUAAGACACCAAGAUGACGAAGGAAAGGCGGCAGAGCUUCUCCAAUACGGACUGUUAGGGAUACCUGACCAGCUCAACAUAGCACUAGACGCAUCGAAACUCGAAGGAGAAGCUGAAGCCGCCGAAGCUUGGAAUGAGGAACAAACUGUCCUCAGUUCAAUCUUCGAUGACAGGUACAAGUCGAGCUCGGAAGGGGUAUGCGAUGUGGAAUUGGAGCUCAAGACACCAACCAGGAAGCCUAUCACUUUACAUGCGCGCAGACCGACUGGUGCCUACCCUAACGUCCUGCCAGUGAUCUUGAUUGUAGCGGACUUACCUGCAUAUAUUCGUCUGAGCAUUACACGCAGAGCAUUACUGUACGCGCAGGACAAUCUUCUCGGCGAAUCAAUGCUUUUCAAUUUAGUUGAUUGGUUAGAGCAAGAGAUUCCUGGUAUCAUAGAGAACCCUGGAAGACUCGCUGAAGUAUCAUCAGGGGUCACGGCUGGUGAAGCAAAUACACAGACGCAAAGACCGAAAAAUAGAUCUCGCGGACGGCGGCAACCUAAAGCUAUCAGUCUGACACCAGGAUCACUGAUCAGCCAACAGUUACUGUCAAGAUGGCAAGCUAGACAGGAGACACCAGCUCAACACAAAAUGCUAAGUGGGCGCAUGUCCCUACCGGCAUGGAACCUACAAGAGACAAUUGUCAACUCUGUGCAGAGACAUCAAGUGGUCAUCAUCUCGGGUGAGACAGGCUCAGGCAAAUCGACUCAGUCUGUGCAAUUUGUACUAGAUGACAUGAUAAAACGAGAGCUCGGAGAGUCAGCAAAUAUUAUUUGCACACAGCCUCGAAGGAUAUCAGCUCUAGGUCUUGCUGAUCGAGUCGCUGAUGAGCGAUGUGGAGUAGUAGGCGGCGAGGUUGGAUAUUCUAUACGUGGAGAGUCGAGACAGACGCCAGGCGCUACUAAGAUUACAUUUGUCACAACUGGAGUGUUACUGCGGAGACUCCAGACUUCGGGCGGCUCAUCUGAAGAUGUUGUCGCUGCCUUAGCCGACGUGAGCCAUGUGGUCGUCGAUGAGGUUCACGAACGCAGUUUGGACACGGACUUUCUUUUGGUGCUGCUGCGCGAUGUGCUACGCCAACGGAAGGAUCUCAAGGUCAUCCUAAUGAGUGCUACACUCGAUGCAGAUGUGUUCGAGAAGUACUUCAGUAGCACUGGGAAAGUGGGUCGGGUCGAGAUUCAGGGGCGAACGCAUCCGGUCCAAGAUCUUUACAUCGACGAUGUCCUCCGUAUGACUAACUUCGGUGGCACUGGCGACGAGGAUUAUGAGGAGGAGGAUGGAAAAGAUCUUGGCACAAGGUUGCGGAGUGUGGGAAUGCGCGUGAACUACGAUCUUAUCGCAUCGACCGUCGCACAGAUUGAUGCCGACCUUUGUGGGCAAGACGGCGGCAUCUUGAUCUUCCUACCAGGUACGAUGGAGAUUGAUAGAACGCUACAGGCUCUACGAAGGAUACCGAACCUACAUGCUUUGCCGCUACAUGCAUCGCUACUAUCUGCCGAGCAGAAACGCGUCUUCCACGCGCCGCCCAAAGGCAUGCGAAAAGUGGUCGCAGCAACAAAUGUCGCAGAGACCUCGAUUACCAUUGAGGAUAUUGUGGCUGUCAUUGAUACUGGCCGCGUCAAAGAGACCAGCUUCGACCCGCAGAACAAUAUGGUCAAGCUGGAAGAAGUAUGGGCUUCUCGUGCAGCUUGUAAGCAACGACGUGGAAGAGCUGGUCGUGUGCGAGCUGGAAACUGCUACAAGCUAUACACUCGCACUGCGGAAAUGAAUAAGAUGGCGGAGCGACCUGAGCCGGAAAUAAGGAGAGUUCCUCUUGAACAAUUAUGCCUUUCAGUGAGAGCUAUGGGCGUCAAAGACGUCCAAAGGUUCCUCGCUGGCGCACUCACACCACCUGACAGUGUGGCAGUAGAAGGCGCUGUUGACCUCUUACAGCGCAUGGGUGCUCUUGACGGUGACGACCUGACUGCACUUGGCCGACAUCUCUCGAUGAUCCCCGCCGAUCUACGCUGCGGUAAAUUGCUUGUGUAUGGUGCAACAUUCGGGUGCCUGGAUGCUUGCCUCACCAUCGCCUCCAUUCUGACCGUCCGUAGCCCUUUUGUCUCACCCAAAGACAAGCGUGAUGAAUCGAAAGCUGCGCGCUCCUUCUUCGCCGAUGGCGGCCACGGCGACUUGAUUGCCGACCUCAAAGCCUACGACGCAUGGCAGGCGGUGCGGAGUAAAGGCGUAUCCGCUUUCGACACACGCAAAUGGUGCGAGCGCUCAUUCCUUAGCCAGCAAACCCUCUUUGACAUAUCUUCCAAUCGCGCGCAAUACCUUUCCUCGCUCAAAGAAACGGGCUUCAUUCCGCUCACAUACACGUUCACGACUGCCACAAACUCGCCUCUGAACAGACAAUGCGGCAAUAUAGCACUUCUACGCGCCUUAAUAGCAGGCUCGUUCAACCCACAAAUCGCACGCAUCGACUUCCCAGAGAAGCGUUAUGAGAAAGUCCUAGCCGGAACUGUCGCACUGGAUCCUGAAGCCCGGACAAUAAAGUACUUCAAUCAGGAAAAUGGCCGAGUCUUUGUGCAUCCGUCGUCUACUCUCUUCGACGCGCAGGCCUUCCCGACGAAUUCGGCAUUUAUGAGCUAUUUCAACAAGAUGGCGACAAGCAAGGUCUUCAUCCGGGAGUUGACUCCGUUCAAUAGCUACUCGAUGUUACUGUUCGGUGGGCAGAUUGAGUUGGACACCCAAGGUAGAGGUUUGACCGUCGAUGGAUGGGUGAGAUUGAGAGGAUGGGCGCGAAUUGGUGUUCUGGUGGGGCGUUUAAGGGGCAUGUUGGAUGAGGUGCUGAGGAGGAAGAUUGAGACUCCGGAGCUGGACUUGGCGAAGGGGAGGGAGGGUGAGAUCAUUGGUGUUGUGAGGAAGUUGGUCGAGUUAGGCGGGAUGGAUGACUGAGAUCUAGAUCUAAUCUUGCAUGAACGAUGUCAUAGCACGGAAAAGGAUGGGGAAGUUUCAUCAAGCUCCCUAGCGAUGAGGUGACUUGUAUGAAGCGCGGGUGCUGACUGUGUGAUCACGAGAGACCAAUGCAAUAUUGCAAUAUGAACAGGUCUGUCAUUUUGCACAACAUCGAACAAGACAACACACAAAGCACCCUAACAUCAUAUAAUAUCCCUGAUCACAACCACUCCGGACGACCAAAUCUUGGUCUCAACUCCGGCUGUUCUUUCCUUAGCUGAUAUUACAUUUCGUAAAGUGAAGUAUUCACCUAGGAUGAUGAAUGUCGGACACAUAGAAAAAUAGGUCACCCACUGUUAGGGGCUUGACUCCACAUCAUAUCAUUGUUCUCUUUUUGCAGAACUUCGACAAAAAUGGAGACUUGCUAACGAAACAUAAGUAUACUAGUGCU